CUAUCCUCCUCCUUCCUCCAGUCUCUCCUCCCCCAUUUCUCUUUGUUGCAGGGUGUGAGUGUUUGGUGUAGCUGCAGUGAAGGAGCUGUGCUCAGCAUCCUGUAUCCCUCCAUCACCAAAACAGACAGGCAGCACAAUGAAAGGGGACACCCCUGUGAACAACACACUAAGUGUUGGACAGGCCAGAAAGCUUGUGGAGCAGCUAAAAAUUGAAGCAUCGAUGUGUCGUAUUAAAGUCUCAAAGGCAGCAUCGGAUCUCAUGACAUUCUGCGAUGCCCAUGCGUGUGAAGAUCCACUCAUCACUCCAGUGCCCACUUCUGAAAACCCAUUUAGAGAGAAGAAGUUUUUCUGUGCCCUCCUCUGACGUAUCUGCUACAUCAGAAAAAUACUACAUCGUCUCUGACAUGCCCAGUCAGCCCACUCACUCCCGUCCUUGUCUUUUACCAACAUGGUUACCUUGCACCCGAUUUUAUUUCGCCAUUGAGUGGUUUUAAUGCUGCCCAUCUUCUCCCUCAGCAUGGAGAAUUAUUGACAAUGUCCUCUCAACCCAAGGGACCUAAACUUUUAAAUUAUGCCGAUGGAAGACUGUGGUGUUAUACAACCAGUAUUUAUUUGUAAAUUAUACAACUGUGAUUAAUAAAUAUUGACAA